AUGCUCCACGAAAUCCUCCUCUCGCUCUCCGGACACCCAUCGGCGCUGUUCGAUGCCCCGGACCACGUGACAGCAACUGCGCGUCGCCUACUGUCACCGCCCGAAGCAGAGCUGCUAUCUUCAAUCGGUCAUCUGUCGCGUCUGCAUCGAAGCACACGCGAUCAUGUCGCUAGAAUCGCCGCGUCACAUCCCUCAGUCAUCUGCAGGGCGGUCGCUACUUCGAUUACCUCUUACCAUCUCGAACGGUUCCAAUGCAAGGUACUGGAAGUCGAAAGCCGCGUCUUGAAACAAGAUGCUUCCAUCGUGGGUGCAUACAAUAUCGUACCACUGGCUGGGAUAGUGAGCGAGUUCUCGGAAUGGACCAGGGUGAUGGAAUGGCUACGGGAUAUCAGCAACUACAUGUUGCCCUCGGACGUUCCUGCGAAGUUCGAAAUGAUGAUUGGAAAGGCUGCCUCUGGAGCUGCCGUCAUUGACAAGCUGCGAAGCGAGGCACAGACAGGCUAUCCGGACAUUGAAGAGACUGCCCGGGGUCUGAGCAAAGUCGCAGAGACAUCGUGGCUACGGCAGCUAUCAACCUGGCUGCUGUACGGUCGCCUUCCAUCGUUUGGUCGUUCCGAUUUCUUCAUUCAGCAAGGUGAUGAGGAUGCAGAUGAGCAAGUCUUCGUCCUUCAGAACAAGCUGCUACCAAAGUUUGUCACAAGGCAAACGGCUCUCUCUAUCCUGUUCGUCGGACGAUCGCUAAAUCAGAUCCGCGCAUUGCCAUCAGCCGUGAAGGCGUUAGACACAUCCAACUCGGUCUCGGAACUUGAUCUACUUCCUAAGCACGUUCAACAACUCUCUCAAGUGAGUGCACCGGUGUCAACGGCCAUGCUCUCGGAGGCAAUUGCCAACAUCCGCCUUUCGCUGUCUCGGAAUCUCCUACAACACUUGUUACCUCGUGAGAAGAUUGUUGAGACAUUGACGGUUCUACAUCAAUUCUUCUUGCUAGGAAGAGGAGAGUUUGCCCUGACACUGAUUGCAGAAGCAGAUGAUAAGAUGUUAUCUCGACAUAAAGGGUCGCAGCCCACCAAGUCUGGCCAAUCUGUCAAGGCAGUUGUGAUCAAGGAAGCGGAGAUUAACCAGGUCCUCGCACGGUCCUUCUCCGUUCUGUCUACCUUAUCUAGCGAGGACGAACACACAGAUGAUAUUCUGGACGUUGCAACUCAGCUUCUACAUCUCAGUGUUAACGGCUCGUCUAAUAACCGUCCUGGGACACCGGGCCGCGCUAAGGACGCGGACUCGAUGCUUCCACAACUUGCCAUCAUGUCUUUCGACGACCUACUGCUGUCUGUACCAACGUCUUUAACGAUGGACAUCCGUUCACCACUUGACCUCUUCAUAACAAAAGCAGACCUUGACGUUUACUCAUCGAUCAAUGCUUCCCUUCUCGCAGUCCGGAGAGCACAUCUGCAUUUAGCAGAACUAUGGCGAUACAGUUCAAUACGGAGAGACCAUCCUUGUCCGCCUGGAUAUCAAUACAGCAAUUCCGCGCAUGGUAAAGCAAUGCUGAAGCGGCGACGACAACGCACUACGAAACGGGCGCAGGACAUGCGGAAGAUAUGGGCGACAUGCGCAGCCGCUAUCUUCUUCUUUGCGGAGAGCGAAGCUUACUUUCAUGGUGCGGUCGUACAACAAUCCUUCGGUCAUUUCAUAGCAUGGGUUACCGGUCCUCAAGUUCCUUCAACCGCGGAAUCGUUGCCAGCAGCUUCCGACAACUUGAGUGCCACUGGCUUCCGCAGGUCGACGACAGAAGGAAGCAUACGGCAACAGCAUGAUCCAGAAGCAUUGGCCUCAGCACAUCGCCGCUUUCUGUCUUCGGUCGCGUACUCGCUUCUGCUUACCGAUCAAGCCUUCACAAAAGCGCUGCGUACCUUGUGCACCCACGUAGACGAGCUAGUGGCAUACAUCAAGCGUCUUACAAAGAUCCAGCAGAACCUGGAUCUGGAAGAAGAUGAAGGUGUGGAGGACUAUGCGCAAAACUACAAGAAAGAAGAGCGCGAGGUCAGCCUGGAGAUGGACCGGGCAAGGAGGAGGCUUGACAGCGACCUCAAGACACUCGUAGAGCGGCUUCGUGAGAUUGAUAGCGACAGGAUUGGAGCUUCUGCACCUGGUACAUCAAUUGGAGCGACGAUGGAGGAAGGUGCCUAUGAGCCAUUGAGAGUAGGAGGUAUCGACCGUCUUUUGAUGAAGCUGGACUGGAGCGGCGAGGACGAAGAAGAGGAGACCGAGGACUUGAUCGAUCUUUAA